AUGCGUUCCAGGAUCGCGAUUUUUCUAUUGAUUUUCCUUUUUUCCCCGUUUACAGUCGGGGAUUUCUUUCGGGAACACUUGAAGAAAUAUAUCGAUUGGACGACGUCACCAUGCGAGAAUUUCUAUCGUCACGUUUGCCCGAAAAACAUGACUUAUAAUGAGACGGUGAUGGGGAAAUCGGAGGCGAUUUUGCAAAAAUUAAAUGAGAAUGUCUCGCAUUUGCUUGGAGAUUACGAUAUUAUUUGGUAUGACUUUCUGACGUACGCGAAUGUCUCAUCGAACUUCAACAAGACUCUCUACGUCAAGAAACUUUUAGAAAAUUGCAACAACGAGUAUGAAUGUGUUUUCUCAAAAUUUCGUCCCAUCUACACCGCUUGCGAGUUGACGGUGAAUCGCUUGGAUUUGUACUAUAAUUUGACGCAAUUCUCGCGAAAUGUCACCGAAUUGGCGAACGUAGCCGGGCAACUCUUGGAGAAUAUCGAUAAACGACCCGUCGAUGAAUUCAUCGACAUGUACACAAAGCUACGCUCAAGAAUGUUGAUCAUUGACAAGCUUGAAGUCUACUACAAAUCCCAAGAAGCGAAAGAGGAUCUGAAUAAGAUUAUCUACCACUUGAAAAGCGUUAUAUUGAGAAUAUUGAAGGCGACUCCUUGGUUGAAUCGUUUGGAAGAUUUCGGGGUUGAGAAAUGGAAAACUCUCGAAUUCUACCUCAACAAGAUGAACAUUUAUUUUGGAAUGGAUGAACAGGAGAGGAAUAAAACGAUGUGGAUCCGCGCCACUCGGCAGUACAACGUUGAGUACUUUCGGCUUGUCAGCGAUUCAAGGCCCCUUCGCAACAGUUUAGAUCUGAAAUUGUUGCAUCGAUUGGUGGAGAAUAAAUUGAGGAAAGAGCUGGGAGAGGUGAACGAGUCACGACUAGAGACAAGCGAAGAGUACAACGCGUUGAAUCUCUUCGACUCCGUCUACAUAGCUUUAUCGAUCGUGAUCGCAUCAAGAAAUAUCACAACCGCGUCAAAGUACGCUUCACUUGGGUACACUCUAAGCCACGAAAUGUAUCAUACAUUCAUCGAGACGGGAAACGAUUAUGUCGAUGAGAUUUUCACGAAUCAAACCGAUUGUGUGAUGAGUCAUUUCAAGGAUUAUUGCGAUCUUUUCAGAGAGCAAACCUACUGCGAAAGCGGUGAAUUGACCCUGGUCGAGGAUGGACCCGAUUUGGAGGGUGUCAAAGCCGCGUACCAAGCUUUCGUCGAAGCAAUUGGCGAAGACGACUUGUACGCGAAUCCGUAUGAGGAUUUGGACAUGACGAAUGACGAGCUUUUUUAUUAUUCUCUCGCAGCUGACACUUGCACGGAUUUUCAGCAGUCUCAGCACGAAGAGGAAAACGAGCACUCGGCGGCUUACGUUCGCGUCAAUGCAAUGCUCAGUCAAUUGCCGAGAUUUGCUGAGACUUUCGGCUGCGUGCAAUCGGAUCCAAUGUUCGUGGCGCCGGAAGAGCAAUGUCACAUUUUUGGACGCAAAGCCGAACAAUAUCGA